UGCCUUGGGAAAGGGGUUAGUUCCUUGGGAGGUGGGAAGGGCAGGCAGGACAGGGCUUCGCAGAGAAGAUAGCUCAAAAGAAGGGGGGAAAGGAGGAAAAGACCACCACCGAAAGUCACAACUAUAGAGGACUUCCCACCGUUUAAUUUGCUGCCUCCUGCCCGGGCCAGCGCUGACCCUGUCAUUGCCUGCCAAUAGAUCUUGGUCCUUUCACCCGUGUGUGCUGUACCAUCACCAUUAUGACUGAGAUUACAGCAGAAGGACCUGUAUCCACCAUGACAGUGAUAGACAACAAGAAUGGAGCUGUCCCCAUGCCACACAUGAAGUUAUCCAAGAAAUCAGUAUCAGAAGACUUUGCAACAACAUUCAGCUCACCAGCAGCCUGGCUCCUGGUUGCUGCACUUAUUGUUACCUGGUCAGCUGUGGCUAUUGUCAUGUUUGACUUGGUGGAUUACAAAACCCUAGCAGGAGUACAUCAACUUGAUAUUGACAAAGAUGUGGGGACAGGAGAGAUCCCUAGAGGUCAAUCUGUAAACAAGCUCACCACUGAUCCACUAAGACUCGUGUAUGGUGCUGUGGAAGACACCACCAGUUCGAUUUAUGGCUUCCUUUCAUUAAUGUCAGACCUCAUAUUUGAAGAUGAUGAAGAGAGUGAAAAAGGUGAAGAAGAGACUCCUUUAAAAGUUAAAGAAGAAGUCCAACCACCGAUCAAAAAGAAAGAGAUUCAGAUAGACAAGGCAGAGAAAGAAGAGAAAACUGAAAAGAAGCCACCACCAAAGGAAAUCCAGAGAGAAAAGGCUGUAAAAAAAGAGAAAAUUGAAAAGAAGCCAUCACCUAAGACAAUUCUCAAAGAGAAACCUGAAAAAAUAGAGAAACCUGAGAAGCCUGAGAAAGUGAAGAAACUUGAAAAACCUGAGAAAGUCAAGAAACCUGAAAAACCAGAGAAACUGGAAAAAACAGAAAAAAGGGAAGUCCCUAAAGUGGUACACAAAGAAAAGCCGGAGCGACACGAAAAACCUGAAAAGAGAGAAAAGCCUGAAAAGAAAAGCAAGCCUGAACAGAAAGAAAAAUUAGAAAAGAAAGAAAAAGUGCCUCUCAAAGAGAAACCUACAAAGGAAGAAAAAUCUCAAAAGAAAGUGCCUCCUUCUCCAAAAGUAGCAGAGAAGGUGAAAGAGAAGGUGAAAACUGAACAGCAAGAAAAAACUGAAAAAAAAGUUGCUCCAAAAGACAAGAAGAGCAUCAAAGUUGAAGAAAAGGCUAAAAAGGAUGUGAAAGAAAGAAAACCAGAAACCAAGGCACCUGAAAGUGUGAAACAUAAGGAAACCAAAAUAAAGGAAGCUGCACCUGAGAAAGCUAAAGCCAAAGCAAAAGAAGAAGUGUCUUUGCAGCUUGCAGAAAAGUCGGAUACAAAAGAUCAAUAUGCAUUCUGUCGCUAUAUGAUUGACAUGUUUGCUCACGGGGAUUUGUAUACAGGACCAACUCCUCAACUAUUUUUACCACAGACCCCAGCAAUCUCACCUGGAGUCCCAGCUUCUGCAGUGGGAACACUUAAUGUGACAGCUCCAAAGCUGAUAAAAGAAGAAAAAGGAAGGAAGAUAGUUCAAGAAAAGAAAGCUUUUCAUGAAGUUAAAACAAAAGAUGUUGAGGACAGGAGAAAAAUAACCCAUACGAAGAAAGCUAUUCCUGAAAUUAAAGUGAAACAGUUGGAGGAAGAAAAGAAGGGAGCACAUGAGAAGAAAGAUGUUUCUGAAAUUAAAACAAAAGGUAGGCUGUUGGACAAUCCAUUUGGUUUGUCUCAUUUUUGA